AUGCCUGAAUCGCCACGAAAACAAAAGUGUCCGAUAUGCGAGAAGCUUUUCAAAAGCCUAGUCAAGCAUGUCCCCACUUGCCGUCGCAAACUCGAAGCACGAUUGCAAGAUGAGCAGUUGGACCGUGAAUUGAAGAGAGCAGACGAGAAGCGACGGGAACAGCAAGGUACCCCUGUCAAAGUAAGAACUCUGAAGCCAUGGGAAGACCGUCCGAUUGGGAAGAAACGUCGGCGUCACAGCAACUUAGGACCAUCGGAUAUGCCUCAAGAAACGUCCACCGCUACGUCUGGGCCAGAACAGUUGAAUCCAGAGCCCGCACAGGAGUUCCCCGUCGCAAUGGGCGCUGGGCAUGAUCCUACACAACAUCUGUCCUCUCAGGCUCCCCUUCCCACAUCUCUCCCCUCGUCUCAACCACCAUCCACUCCCCACCACGAUGACAUUCGAACUGAAUAUCACCCAAGCUCCGGAAGACCAGCGCGUCAUGAUGCCUUUGAGAAUUAUCGUCGGCAACAUCGUUCAAAGGCCAGCCCUCCCUCCAGUAAACAUCCCCCUCAUUACCCCUUCGCCACCGAAGCCGAUUUCGAGUUCGGAGAGCUCGCACUCCGAUGCUGUCUGAACCAAAAGCAAAUCAAUGCCUUCCUCUCGCUUUUCCACCGCUGUAUGCAAGGGGAGGAUAAGCUCACCAUACACACAUACGAGGAUCUUUCGCGGUACUGGAGGGAGGCUUCCCAUUUACUUACACCGAUUAAAUGUGAUGUCAUUCCCGCUACGUACAAGAAUGAGCAACAAGACUUCACAUUAUACAGUCGGUCACUGUGGGAUUGGGCACUGGAUCUCGUCCAGAAUGAGGAGUUGUCUCCCUUUUUUGAGUGGGAUGCGCAGCGGUUGUUUAAGUAUGAUGAGCAACGCUCGCGCUGGGUACGGUUUAUCAAUGAACCGUGGACUGCUGAUAGCUUCUACGACGUUCAGUCUAGCCUUCCAAAAGAAGGAAAGCCGUUGGCUUUCCUUCUUUAUGCAGACAAAACUGAGCUAUCGUCAUUCGGGGGAGAGAAGGGUUACCCCGUUUAUGCAAGGCUCGCAAACCUUCCCAUCGACAUUCGGAAUGGCUCGGAGUCGACUCUCGGGGGCGGGCGAGUUGUUGGAUGGCUGCCAGUCCCCAAGGACAGCAGCAAGAAAAAGGGAUCGAAAAAGGACUAUGCCGAUUGGAAGCGUGUUGUAUGGCAUGAUAGCUUUCGAAAGCUUCUUGAUAGUAUUCGUGGCCACGCGAAGAAUGGUUGCUGGGUGCGAUGUGGCGAUGGCAUUGAGCGGUUUCUCUUUCCCUGCAUCAUAAUCCUGUCGGCAGACUAUGAGGAGCAGUGUACUAUGGCCAAUAUACGUGGGGCAGGGAGUCUAAGCCCAUGCCCAAUUUGUCUUGUGAAAGUGGAGGACAUGUUGGAACUUACCAAAAGCAAUACGGAGCGUGAUGUUUCACUGACCGAAUCUAUGGUCUCUGAAGCGCUGACCAAGGGAUUAACUGCUCAAGACGAGUUUUUGAAGCCAGAUGGACUUCGGCCAGUGAAGAACGCGUUCGCAGAGAUGGCAAAUGCAAAUCCAUUUCGGGCACUUUCAUUCGAUCGAUUACACAGUUAUAACAAUGGUCUUGGUGCUAAGCACCUCUGGGUAGCUUUGUUGAAGCACACUGAAGACAAUUACGGUGCGGAGAAGUUGAACGAGCUCGAGGAGAGAGCAAGUACUUUCCCAUCCUGGCAGGGUCUCAACCGGUUUAAAAAGGUGUUGAGCACAAAAUACCAAGAUGGCAAUAAGAAUGAAGAUUUAAUGAAGGUGGCGCUAUUCAUCUCCUUCAAUAUCUUCCCAGCCCGAGACCGCGCAGGAAACGAACUUUUGAAGUGCAUACGGCACUUCUUGAACCUCGACACGCUGGCGUCAUUUACAAAUCACACUGAAGAUACCAUUCAGGAGAUAUCAGAUGAAUUGGGUCGCUUUGAAGGUGCUCUCAAGGCAAGUUUGCCUCUGGGCUCUGAAGGUAAAUACAUCUCGCUUACACCCGAGUCGACAAAGAGCUGGACAUUUCCCAAGGUUCACGCGCAUACUCACCUCCCGCGAGAUAUUUACCUCAAGGGAGUGACGCGAAAUUACAACACCAAGCCAAACGAAGGCAUGCAUCCAAUCCUAAAGGAUUUCUAUCUGUUUAUGACAAAUUUCAAGAACUUUGAAGGAAAGAUCCUUGAGCUCGAGCACUGGUGUUACACGGCAGCCCAUAUCCGCAGCAAAAUCGAUGUUCAUUAUGGUAGAAGCAACCUUAUCAACACCGAUUCUGAUGUAGAUAGUGACGUGGAGGGCGACAAAUCUCAAGGCCAGCCCGAUGCAACUGGUGGAGGCCCAGCAGAUGUGGUUGUCAUUGAUGGCGGUGGUCUAAUGCACCGGAAGAAGAAAGAAAGUACACCCAGCAUUUUUGGAAAUAUUGGGCUCGGUUCGCCUGAGAAGCCCAUUUCUCUGGAGCGUUUCUGCUCAGAGAGACGUCAAGACUCUCGAUUCAAAGAGUUCCGGCCGCUUCUAGAACACUACCUUUCCGCAGCAAUACAAAAUGGCGAAAUUCCGGCAACAUUUUCCCUGAACAAUACAACCUUGAUCCACGAAUUCUGUUUCAUAAGAACAUUCUACGAAUGCAGGGUCACCUGGGAAAUGGCCGUGAACCUGCUCCGCUGCAACCCUGAUUACCAGCAUCACGCUCGAUAUGAUGCGGCUUUGCUAAAUACAGAUGAGUAUAUUGGAAAUUUUGCUCGCCUCGUGUCUGUCUUCACCAUCAAUGUCCCUGAACUCCAACGUCCACUCCCACUCGCUUUUCUCGAGAUAUACGAUGGUCCAGUUACAUCAGCCCAACGACGGAGGGACAGUGAACUUGGGCUGUUCAGAGUGUGUCGAAAACCCCGAAGUGGAGGCCACUUUGCAGUCGUCUCGGCUAGCUUAAUCACUCGUGGCGCCCUCCUGGUACCGGCAUUUGGAGAGAAGGAGGAGAAUUACCUGGUUUUUGAUGUCUCCGACGGAGAUAUGUUCCUUAGAGUUAAGGAUUUCAUCGCCAGAACCAGAUAG